AUGGGGGAGAACUUUGGCCCUUUUCCACGCAGUGUGCUGGAGCACCUGCUGGAUUAUGUGCCACUGACUGAUCUGCCGUCGGUUGCUCAAUGUUCACGCGCGUUGAAAGAUCUUGUGUACGGCGAGGAUCUUUGGGAGAGGCGUUGGAAAAAUCUAGGAUGGGAACCGCUUUCGUCCCUGCCUGAUCCGCUGUUGGAUUCGCCACCCGUCAAAGCCAAGCCUAAACCUAAGCCCGCGCCUCGGCCUACUACGAACCAGAUUGUUGAUUUGCUGGCAGACUUGGACUGGGAUACCCCAACUGAUGUAUCGGGUUCAGAUCGUCCGUUCUUUGCGCGUGUUACGCGAGCGUACCAAUUAUUGCGCCCCUUCGUCCUCUCCUUUCUCACAGAAUCCUCGACGUCGUCGUCGAAACUCUUUGUCAAGACUAGGGAUACCCAAGAGCAGUGUACAUUGUUGUGCAUCUUGGCGCGCUUCUGCUCCAGUGUCGCCUGUUGUGUCCCUUCGCCCAAGAUGCAGGACGAGGCUGCAAUCCUGAACAAAGUUCAGCAGGCGACAGUGUACUUGGAGACAGAGCUGCGAGCGGCAUACACAAUGGAGGAAGCGCAUCUGGUGGAAGCCCGCGCUGCUCAAGCAUCUGUGGAUGUGGAAAAGGCUGAAGCGGCCAUCCACAUUAUGGCGCAUGGCGCUUGGAAGCUGCGCAUGGCAGCAUGGGUGUUGGGCCCUACCUCAGGCGAUGUAUUAGAGCCGCCGUACCUGACGCAGCUUCAUCAGUUGAGCGGUUCAGUAAUUGCGGAUACACAUAUUUUGUCGAGGCCUUUAUUGAAUGCACGUUUACCCUACAAUCCGCAAGACUGUAUGCCGGAGCAACUUGAGGCAGGUCUCCAUAUGGAGCCAUUCCGCGGUUUCGUCGAAUAUCUGUUUUCUGUGCUCACACAGGAGAACGAGCUGAUCAUUCGCAUUUUUCCUGCUGAGCAGCCAGUUGCCGCAGCGCUGCUGGAGCGUGUAGCACACACGCUCUUGGCCGACUACCUGGCCACGCUGCUGCAAUGUGCUCGACAAGUGUCCGAGGAGCUGUACCUUGAAUGGUUUGUGCAGAGCUUAUCACACAUGCGGCGAUUAAUGUCGCUGCCAGGGCUGGAUUCAUCUACGGUCGAGGCGAUCCUGAGUCAGGUAUGGCAGAAGCACUUGGCUGACUAUCUGGAAGCCGAGUGCGGAUGGAUGAAACAGCUACUGAAAGAAACGUGCAAUCGCUGGCUCGACAGUCUCGAGAUGAUGCUACAGGCGUGGGAAAACGAGAGAAAUGCUGUCGCAGUGCCACCCACGGCGGCCGAGAAACGCUCGUUCAUGUCGACUUUCAAGGACGCUCUUGUGACGCCCGCCGUCAGCACACGUAUCACACCAGUCUCAAAGAGCUUAGAGCAGAUCCGUGCAAAGCGCCAGGACAUUUCGCCGCGCAUUUCAAGUGAGACGGCACCGCCACCUAGUGCAACGGCAGGGUACAUGGGUGUGGGCGCUGCGCCUGAUGUGUGGGACGAUGAGGACGAAUAUGACGAUGAUCCGAGCAGCAUGGCCCCUAAGCCGACUAAGCCAGCCAGUGUACAAGCAGAGGCCUCAGGCGUCUCGACGACGUCCAAUCCGGGGCAGACGUCUUCGCUUCUCAAUCUAGCGACCGCGGUCGAGCUGAUUGACGUGGCGCGUCUGUCUUUGCAGCGCCUAGAUAUACUGCAAGAUUGUGGUGCAUCCCUGCGGGAGCCUGUGCGCAAGGUGAUUAUCGAUGUCGUUGUCGCGUUGUUCGUCUCGCUGAACGAAGAGCACAUGAAGCCAGGAUUUGACACAGCGCGAGAACAAAUCGGGAUGUACAGUCCGGCAAAGCACGACAGCGAGCAGCCUGGCGGGAAUGCUGCAGAUCAUGUCGGCCCGCUUCUGCUUUUUUUUGAGCUGGUGCAUAUUGGCGAUACGAUCCAGCAGAUGGGGCAAGUGUUCUUCGACCGCCUCGGCCCUCGUCUGCUUGGCAAGAUGGACUUUACCAAUGCGGCAGUACGGGAGAAACGCCGCUUUGAAAACGAUUUGGACGAGCAGGUGGCGAGCGGUCUAAGCGCCGGUGUGGAACUGCUUGUUCACCAAAUGGAGCAUAUUGUACUGACGCACCAGCAUCCGCGCGACUAUUACCCGGAGUCGGAAGCGGCGGUUGACAUUUCGACGCCGACGCAGGCGUGUGCUGAAUGCUGUGCGACUCUGCGUGUGUACUGUGACAUGCUCGCAGCCUGUGCUGACAAGGCCGUGCUGGAUGUAUUCUACGAGGAGAUUGGAUUCCGCCUGUAUACCGUAUUGUGCAAGCACCUUAAGCGGCAGAUUAUCUCGAUGACCGGGGGAUUCCAGGUGAUUUGUGACUUGAACCACUACUUUCAAUUCAUUGAAAGCUUGCGGCAGCCGUCGCUUACGGCCCGAUUCGCCGCCCUCAAGCGGGUCGGCAGUCUGUACAUUGUGUCAGAGCCCAAAGAGUUGGCCAAGAUGGUACAAGACCCCAUGCUCAGCCAUGGCAUGAUGCGACCUGAGGAAAUGUACGAGUUCCUUAGGGCGCGCUGCGAUUUUAAGACGAUCGAGAGCAAUAUUGACGCAGAGAUGUAUGGUAUCAAAGUCCGUGAAGACUGCGUGAUUGUUUAG